AUGCAAGAGCUUGAUCUCAGUAAAAAUAAUCUUGUAGGUCAGUUUCCUCUAUGCUUAACUAGUUUGGCUGGACUUAGUGUUCUUGAUCUCUCAUCAAACCAAUUGACUGGGAUGGUACCAUCUGAUCUUGGUAGACUUGAAUCCCUUGAGUAUUUAUCGUUGUUUGAUAACAACUUUGAAGGCUUCUUCUCAUUUGGUUGGCUCGCCAAUCUAUCAGAGCUUAAGGUGGUCAAACUUUAUUCAAAAUCUAACUCACUUCAAGUAGAGUCUGAAAGUUCCUGGAAACCAAAAUUUCAGUUGAGAGUUAUUGUACUACGAGCUUGCAACUUGGAGAAGGUUCCUCAUUUUCUCCUACAUCAGAAAGAUUUGCGUCAAGUUGAUCUCUCUGACAAUAAAAUAGCUGGAAACUUUCCUUCGUGGUUAUUAGCUAACAAUACAAAACUGGAAGUUUUGCUUUUACGGAAUAAUUCGUUUAUGAGCUUUCAACUACCGAAAUCUGCUCAUAAUCUACUUUUCCUGGAUGUGUCAGUUAAUGAAUUUGAUCAUCUCUUUCCUGAGAACAUCGGGUGGAUACUUCCUCAUUUACGGUUUAUGAAUUUAGCAAAGAACGGUUUUCGAGGAAAUUUGCCUUCCUCUCUUGGUAACAUGAAAGAUAUUGAGUAUAUGGAUAUUUCUCACAACAGUUUCCAGGGAAAGUUACCAAGAAGUUUUUUAAAGGGUUGUUAUUCCAUGGCAAUCUUGAAGCUGUCACACAACAAACUAAGUGGAGAAGUUUUUUCAGAAUCAACAAACUUCAAUCAUAUAUUAGUUUUGUCUAUGGAUAACAAUCUGUUUACAGGAGAGAUUGGACAAGGUUUACGGAGCUUGACAUCUUUGUACAUGCUUGACAUUUCGAACAACAAUCUCACAGGUGUUAUUCCCAGUUGGAUUGACGAACUUUCAUCCUUAUUUGCAUUACUGGUUUCAGACAACUCGUUGGAAGGUGAAAUACCUAUUUCCUUGUUCAAUACGUCCAAUCUUCAUCUAUUGGACCUCUCUGCAAACAUUUUAUCUGGGAACAUACCUCCACACGUCAAUGCUGUAUUUGGGGCAGUAAUCUACCUCCAUGACAAUAAUUUAUCAGGGACUAUUCCAGACACAUUGUUAGGAAAUGUCACCAUACUUGAUCUGAGAAAUAACAAAUUGUCCGGAAAUAUUCCGGAGUUCAUCAACACCCAAAAUAUCAGUAUUCUUCUUUUGCGGGGGAAUGAUUUAACAGGUCAUAUUCCUCACCGGUUGUGUGGUCUAAGCAAGAUCCACCUCCUGGAUCUUGCUAACAAUAGAUUGAAUGGGUUCAUACCUUCAUGUCUUGGCAAUAUACCAUUUGCUGGGAAAGAGAAUACAGUAUAUGAUUAUGAUUACGAGAUUGGUUACACUCCUAGUGAUGUCUUCUCUAGUUCCAAUCCAGAACAAGACUCCGCUUCCAAAAAAGAUAUUGGUAUAUAUUACAAAUCUCUGCUUGUGCUAGAUCCAUUUGGUAUGGACUACAUGGCAGGCGACCAAACUAAAAUUGAAUUUCCAACAAAACACAGAUAUGAUGCCUACAUGAGUGAAAAUCUCAUGUAUUUGGUUGGACUGGAUCUCUCAGAAAAUGAGUUGAGUGGUGAGAUCCGGGUAGAGCUAGGAGGACUAGUAGAACUACAAACUCUCAAUCUUUCUCACAACAACUUAUCAGGUGCAAUACCAGAAACCUUUUCAGGUAUAAAGAACGUGGAAAGCCUUGAUCUUUCCUUCAAUCGACUACAAGGCCCGAUCCCACCACAACUAACAGAUCUGAGCAGCCUAGCGGUCUUUAAUGUCUCGUACAACAACUUAUCAGGAGUCAUUCCACAGGGUAGACAGUUUAACACAUUCGAUACAGAAAGCUACUUAGGCAAUCCUCUUCUUUGUGGGAAACCAACCAACAGAAGCUGCGAAAACAAUAACUUUCAAGAAUCAGAUCAUGAAGUGAAAGACGAUCAGAGCACAAUCGACAUGGUAUCUUUCUACUGGAGUUUUGCUGCAGCCUAUGUGACAAUACUUCUUGGAAUACUGGCAUCUCUCUCUUUUGAUUCUCGUUGGAGCAGAGCUUGGUUUUACGUAGUUGAUGCUUUCAUCUAUAAGGUGAUGAAUUUGUUGUGGUAA